UUUUUUUUUAAUAAAUUGUUAAUAAUACAAUACGAGAGAAAUUAUUCUGUCGUGUUCGAUUUCAUUGAGUCGUUGGAGGGAGGGAUAUAUAUACCUAGCCGGCAGUGCAAUUCAAUCACGACGCAGAUUCAAUUCUCAGGAAAAUGACCAAGAAGAUGAUCAACAUCAUCGAGCCCAGCAGCGGGCAAGAGAAGCCUCACUUCGUGCUGGUGCCGCUGUUCGCUCAGGGGCACAUGAUCCCCAUGGUCGACUUUGGCUGCCUCCUCGCCGCCCGCGGGGCCCUCGUCACCAUCGUCACUACUCCAGUCAACACUACUCGAAUCAAGUCCUUCGUCGAUCGCGCCAACGCUGAUGGCCUCGUCAUCCGCCUUGCUGAACUCCAAUUCCCCUGCGCCGAGGUCGGUCUGCCGGAGGGCUCCGAGAACGCUGACCUCGUCAUGGAAACCGAGAAGAUAGAUAAGUUCUUCCUGGCGACAAGCAUGCUGACCGAGCCAUUGGUUGCCUACCUUCGCCAGCAGUGGCCCAAACCAACGUGCCUCGUCUCUGACUCGAGCAAUCCCUGGACGAGGGAUGUCGCGCGCGAGCUAGGCCUGCUCCGCUUUAUUUUCCACGGGCCCUCCUGCUUCUUCCUCCUUUGCAGCCACAAUGUUCAUGAAUACGCAUCCUCCGGAGAUGUUCCCGGCGACUUCUUCCAGCCGUUCUUCGUCCCCGGCUUGCCUCAGAAAAUAGAGGUGGUCAGAGUGCAGGCUUUGAGGUUCUUUGACUACCCCGGGUGGGAGAAAUUUCUAGAACAGAAAACGGAGGCCGAAGCCACGGCUGAUGGGCAUAUCAUCAACACCUUCCGUGAGUUGGAGUCUCCCUUCCUCGACCUCUACCAGAGGGCUCUCGGCAAGACGAUAUGGCAUAUCGGACCGGUGAGCCUCUCCAACAAGAAACCCGAAGACGCAAUCUUUCGCGGCGACAAGACUAUAGCCGAAGAGGCGCAGCGGAUUUCCAAUUGGCUCGACGCCAAGGACACGGCUUCCGUCAUCUAUGUCAGCUUCGGGACGAUCGUCUCGAAUAGCCCCUCACAUACCUUGGAGAUCGGAACUGGGUUGGAGGCGUCCAACCGGCCGUUCAUUUGGGUGAUCAAGCAGUGGGACAUAUUGCCGGAGGUGGAGAAAUGGCUGCCGGAGUUGGAGGAGCGAACGAGGUCCAGGGGGCUGAUACUGAAGGGGUGGGCGCCGCAGGUGAUGAUUCUCUCCCACCCCUCCGUAGGGGCAUUCCUAACGCACUGCGGCUGGCACUCGACGCUGGAGGCGGUGUCCCUCGGAAUUCCCAUGAUCACGUGGCCGCACCUUGCGGACCAGUUUCUGAACGAGAAUUUGGUGGUGAAGGUUCUGCAGACCGGCGUGGCGCUGAAGCCCCAAAUGAAGACGCUCUAUGUGUCGAGGGAGAGCGAGGGCUUGAUCGCGCGAGAGGACGUGGAACGGGCGAUAGAGGCGGUGAUGGAUGGAGGAGAGGAGGCGCAGGCGAGAAGACAGAGGGCGAAGCAACUGGCGAUCGAGGCGAAGAAGGCGAUGGAACCUGGCGGGUCGUCUUACGAGAGCUUAACGCUCAUGAUUCAGCAUGUAUUAGACGCGACUACUGUUAAGCUACAUGAUACGGAAACACAGAUAUAGGAAACAACAGUGAGACAAAUAAAUAGAAGAUAAUUAUUUUAUUAUUAUUAA